AUGGCGGGAGCUUACAUGUAUGCUCCUGGUAGGUUGAAUUAUGCCGGAUUGCUCCAAGGUAGAAGGGCCAGACUAAACAGCACCCUGGUCCUCCAGGUUGGAGGUUUAGUGCAGGGUUAACAACUCUGCCUUGUAAAACACAACAUUUUAAAACUUCAUUAGAAAAAACAUGAUGAAAGCACCUACAGCUAUAGUAGAGGCCACUCAGUGGGAAAAGGACAAAUGAGCGAGUUGGAGAUCUUCUGAAGAAUGAGCUACAGAUGCAGCAAAAAAACUCCACCACUCUCAUUGAACUGGCCACCAAGUAAAUAACCACACCUGCACUUCUCUUUACACAGGUGAUAAAGAAAAUUUGUUACUACAAGAUAACAAGAGAUCAUCUAAGAGUUAUCCAGACAGAACUUGUGUCAAGGAUCAGUCUCAAACUUCUCAAUGCAUGUGCCACCCAACACCAGGGAAUCCAGGUUCCACAACUGCAUCCCUGAUGCCUGCCCCAUACAUUCCAGAUAUCUGCUGGAAACUUGAGGAAGAUACUACUUGUAUGAGAUUGGAUUCCUUACAGUUGCUGGUUGCUUGUGUAUGA